CGGGUGUACUUUGGAUACAAGACGACGAUGCUUGCUUAGAAUAUGAAUAAGCAAAAAGGCUGAAUUUUGGUAAGCGAAUAAUACUAACAUGGAGAGAAACCAAAUUAUUCCGAAUUCGAUUGAUUGUUUUCCACGUCAUGCCAUGGGAAGAGGAAAUAAAGAUAAACGAAAGAACAUGAAAGGGUACAUUCCCAGUUAUUUAGAUGGCAACGAGGAAUGCGUGGUUUGUGGUGAUAAAGCGACAGGAUAUCAUUAUCGAUGUAUAACAUGCGAGGGGUGUAAGGGAUUUUUCCGGCGUACUGUCCAGAAAGACUUGCAGAAGACGUAUCAAUGCAAACAACGCGGGAAAUGUCAGGUCAACAAAGUAUCAAGGAACCAAUGCCAGAUGUGUCGAUACGAGAAAUGCAUUGCUACCGGGAUGGCAACAGACCUGGUUUUGAAUGAAGACAAACGAAUAGCGAAGCGGAAACUGAUCGAACGUAAUCGGCAACUACGACGUCAUAAAGACAUAAGUCACGUGAUGGGAACGUGGAAAGUCGGGCGAGUAAGCGACGAUGAUAAUCACGUGAUAUCUGCCGUCGUGCAAGCUCAUAAUGACGUCAUAAAUGACGAUGACUUCGAAGAAACGAGCCGAUCACCGACCCACGGCGAACAAUUCUCAAGCGCAUUGACGAACGCUGUCACUCGGGUGGUGGAGUUUGCGAAACGGUUGCCAUUUUUUACUGGAAAGUUCAACAGACGACCAAGUUGCAAUGUUGAAAGGUUGUUGCAUGGAAGUGAUCGUGUUGAACUGUGUGGCUUCAUAUGAUCGAGCUCGCUGUACAUUAAAACUGUUCUCAAAAGUUAUAAUAACAAGAGAAAAAUUACGCCGAACGAGAUUCGAUCAUUUUGCCGACGAUUUGUUUAGAACUGCAGAAGAAAUGUCCAUUUUGCAACUGACCGAAACAGAAAUUGCGAUGCUAAAAGCUAUUAUUGUGUUUGCUGCAGAUCGACCACGAAUUCAACACAUUGACGAAAUCAGAAAUAUUCAAGACUCUUUGCUUCAAUCGCUACGAUAUUACGUCAUGGAUAAACGUCAGCACGAAUACGCAGUAUGGUCAACGCUACUUAUUAAAAUGGCUGAUAUACGUCGAAUAAGCAACGGGUUCGCUGCUUCACUUAUGGACAUGAAGUUAAACAACCCAGAAGAACUAAUCGUAUUGUUUGCCGAGGACCGCAGAGGUACUCCCGACGAUCAUACACCUCUACAAGACGCAAGAAUGGACACAACCAAAACCUCGGCAUCUCAAAAGCUAUGUCAAAAAGGCGGCAAUAAAGAAAACCGAAUGGAUAAUUCAAAGCGAGUUUCGACAAGCGUGAAGAAAGUUUCGAACUCGUGGCCGCCAACGUAUAAGCGGGACGAACCCUUCAUGAGUAACAGAGCCUUACUACCGCAGCAUUACGGUGUGUGGUCGUGCUUCCCAAAACCAAGUUACGAUCUUCCAAACCCAUCCUUACCUAAACCAAGUGGAUUCCAGCCGUUGCAACUGCCACAUGCAGCAUUAUCAGGGCACGUAGGGAAAACUUUGGGUAGAAAUAAUUUCAUCCUGCCUACAGCACUUCACCCAAGCUUGAACACGGUGAAACAUUCAGACAUGUUUCGUGCAAUGCCUGUAGAUAGCGGGGAAUUUAUACCGAGUAUCAAUCCACCAGCUUACAUUGCGAACAGUAAAACAAAUGUUUCGCCCCAAACACGGUGGUUAUUAAAAGAGCGUUUUACACAAGAAAAGGGCACGCAUAUUUCGGACAAAAACGUCCACGCAAAUCAAAAUGCAACGGAAGAAGCAAUAAACUUGUCACUAAAAUUAUAAACGCGAAAAAUGUAUACCUAAUGCAUGGGUAAUGGGUUAACUCUGGUCUAAAUCUCAGGUCCCAUGAAGUUUCACAUUGUUAAACACACCACUGCUUUCAAUGUUUGUAUUUUUUUAUUUGUAAUCUCUUCGGUUUAAAAAAUUUGAAGUUUUUGGUUAGUUUGAAUCAAAUAUUUAAUCUUACAUCACUGUUAUGUGCCAAAUAAAUAGUAUUUCAAUUCACACUUACAAAGAGAAACUGACAGUAACACCUUUUCACUUUCACUUUUCUAAUAUGUUCAACAAUAAGAUGUAUAAACUUGCUUAUAUGACUUAAGACUACACUGACUAUGUGAGUAUUUGUUCUUAACUGCUGCUCUGUUUAAUAAAUUGAACUUUC